UAAGGAAGAACUGAGGCCACAUCUGUUGGGAGUAAACAAAACCUUUUUUUAACCCACAGGAACUGUCUUGGCUGACUUGGUGACGACUUCAUCCUUGGUUUGUCGUAUUUUGUAGACAAAUUAUGAGCCGCGUUAACUUUUUUUCAGAGGAAAUUUUGUGACAGUUGUUUGUGUCAUUCGCCUGAACGUUUCCUGAUUCAUCUUAUCAGCGUCGAAGCUCGGACACGUAUCCACCGCUGUUCCAGGUUUCAUUUUGAUGGUGUUGAACUCCCUCCAACAUUAUGCGCCACUUUUCAUCAUAGGUGCACGCAUCAGCAUGUUGUUUCAUCUGUUCAUUCUCCUUCAACUGCUGUCCUGUGGAGAUCUGGCCUGCACGAGGAGCUUACUCUCCAAACAAGAGGACCAAGAAGUGUUUGUAGAUAAUGAGGAUGCAAAUACGUUCCUGGGUCGCCAUCUGUUGUUCAACCGGUUUGACUUUGAGAUCUUCGUUCCUGGAAAUCUGGAGCGGGAGUGUUAUGAAGAAGUGUGCAAUUACGAGGAGGCGAGGGAGGUCUUUGAAAACACCCCGGCUACAGAUGCUUUUUGGAAGAAAUACACUGAAGAUAAGGACAAGCGGCCCACACGGGUUGAUGUGACAUCUCUUUUGGUGGGACUGAUUGCUGCUGGAGUGGCCAUUGUUAUCUUUGGUCUCCUGAUGUGGUAUUUCUGUCAGGGCAAAUGCAAGGGUGACUUCAGCCGUGCAAGUUCCAUUCGGGUCCGCCCGAGGAGAAGUAAUGCUUCUCUAAUAAUGCGACGGCUAGAGGAGGUUUCCUUACAACCUGUGCUCCCACCUGGACCCCCAGCCCUUAUGGAGGAAGUUGAUCCCCCAGGACUGCCUUCCUACGAGCAGGCAAUCGCGAAAAGUGGACAACAUGACGCCCCACCUCCUCCCUAUCCUGGCUCACAACAUGGAAGUAUUCGACGGUAGUACCUUCAGAAAUUGGACCCAGAAAAUACAACUAAUAUCCACACUCUGAUGCUCCGCUCUUUUUCAUCAUCACAAGAUUUAAAACAGUGCCUUAUGCCUUCUGUUUAUUGUUCUGAUUAAGCUCUCUUCCACUCAUACAUUUCUGAUCUUAUCUGCUCGACCUGCUAGUGCCAAAAUUUUGUUUUGUGGUAGCCUCUGCUAUUUUCUCUGAAAUUAAAUAAUUUUAUGCUUUGCAUUGUGUUGAAUGAGCUUUAUAAUACAUUUUACCCAGUUUGCUGCUUUUUAUCAAAAUGAAGACUCGGUAAUGUGUUGAACACAGCAGCUUUAAGUUGGAGGAGUAUUUAUUCUCUUAAAGGAGCGUUUUUUUCCCCCUUUUUUCGAUACAGCAUGUAUAUUAGGGUGAGUGUAUGACUAGGAUUAUGUUUUAUUAAACAUUAAGUAUUAAUGGUAAUCACAAAGAGACAGACUGUAUGUUGUUGUACAGCUUCCUGUCUCCUUCAGAAGGAAAAGUAUACCAAAAAAAAGGCGUUUAAUGGCAUGAUUGUUAAUUUUGCCAUAAAGGAAGUGUUUUUGAUGCACUGAACCUACCAGCUUGCUUUAAGAUUCACUUUAUACUUUCAGCUGUGUAUCAACAUCUUUUACUUAUUUUUUUUUUUAAUGUGCUGAUUUCCUUGCUGCUUUAUGAAGUAAUAGUGUGUCAGAAAAUGUGUGUUUGAGUCACCAGAUAAUGAGGAUGCUCUACUAAUAUGUGAAGUCAUUUUUACUUUCAAUAUCUACGUUGUGGUUAAUUAUUAAAUGAACUAUGAACAGAUGGAGGCGGAAGCUCUUCAAAGGCAGUUUUAUAACAUUUUACAUUUACAUGGAAGGAAAUUUUACAGUUAUACAAGAAAAUUAUGGCUGUGAUUAAUAUGAAAGUUAAAAACAAUGUAACAGCUGUAAAAGAUGCAGUACAACAGUUUAUUCAACAUGUCUGAGCCAAAGCCAGCCACUUAACUGUUGUUUGAAUGAGCAUUUUCAUUAAAUAAUGCAGAGAUACAAGAAAUAAGUAGUUAUGUUGCUGUAAAUUACAUUUACCAAAGAUUUUAAUGGAAUGAGAAUUUACUGAGGGCUUGUUUGUUGGCUGAUCUGAAGCAUAUCUACCUGAAAUGAAAAACCUUGUACAGAUGUUUAAAAUAAAAUGGA